GGCAGAAAAUCAAAACCCAAAACCAUUUUUCUGCCUUUGUGGUAUGUUUGUAGUCUUUUUGGUAUUCAGCCUUUUUCGUAUAACUAUGUGUUCUUUUUGGAUUGUUCUUAAUUUGCAAUAAUUGGAAUAGGUCCGGUUCCAGGUAAUUGGGAACGAAUGCUGACAUAUGAUUAAGGAGCAUUGCUUAUUAAUAGUUCAAAGUGUUUUUUAUCUGAUUUUAGUUCCUCGUUUCCAUCGGUCAGGUUUUUUUCUGCCAAUCAACAGAGGACAAGAGGUCGUCCUGUGUAUGUAAUUUCUCGAGAACAGCUGGAAUUCUUCAUUGAAGCUGGCUUUACAAGACGACAAAUGGCAGAUCUUCUGCAUGUGUCUGACUCAUCGGUCAAGCGAAGGCUUAGAUCCUUUGGUCUAAAGCUGAGGCAGACAUACUCGGUGCUGUCAAAUAAUGCAUUAGAUGAUCUUGUAGGAGAAGUGACCCAAGGGAACCCGUCCCUUGGUCAGAGAAUGGUUCAAGGCCUGCUGCAGAGCCGAGGACAUAGAGUUCAGAGGCAGAGAGUUGCUGACAGCCUAAUACGAGUUGAUGCCGCAGCAGUGGCUUUGAGAUGGUGUCAUUCCAUAAGACGACGGGUCUACAAGGUUGCAGCACCAAAUUCAUUGUGGCAUAUUGAUGGAAACCACAAGUUAAUCAGUUUUAACACUGUGUUCUACAUCUUGACAAGAUCAACUGCAUCUGUCAACGGGGUUAAGCUACAGCCGAAUGACGUGCUGAUGUGGCUGACGGGAUCAGUGGGCUUCCAUAAAGUUAUUGAUGUGGAAUUUGGGGACACGCUUCGGGUUAACACAUGUGCCCUGGUGUUGACGCUGGCUGAAGUGCCACGCGAAGUUGAAGAUGUUGUGCAACAUUACUCCGAACUGCUCAUCAAUAGCCAGACAUUUCAAGCGGAAUAA